AUGUCCACCCAGUCCAAAGCCUAUAUAUCCAAUUCCACCUCCAGUCUUGUCCAGGACGCCCACGCCAAGGGCAUCAAGAUCUUGACCCACGCCGACGUCAAGAAGGCCGCCUUCUGCCUCUUGAACUCCUUCCGUACCGACGCUUUGGCCCAGCUUUUGACUGCUCACAUCCCUGACCAAAAGUACAGAGACGAAUGCGAAUUGGCUCUCUACGAGGCCUACGUCCACCAGCACAUCACCAAGGGCUUCUGCCUCGGAAUGAACGAGACUGAAGACACCUUCGAGACGGUGGCUGUGUGGUCCACGCCAACCUCCGUCGAAGACGGUUUGGACUCGUUCCCCACGCUCAUGUCAGCAGGCUACGGCAAAGUGUGGGACAUGUUUGGUCCCGAGGGCAGAGAAAAAGUGUUCUACGGAAUGUUGCCCUUGUUACACGACUCGUGUGAACGUAUCAUAAGUAACGAUGCCAGAUUCAGCGAUAAGGACAUCUAUACCUUGGUCUAUUUGGGGUCGCUCCCCUCUGCCCGUGGAAAGGGUAACGUGCGUAAGCACUUCGAAUUUGUGUUCAAGAACUUCAUUGAUAAGUCCGACAAGAACAUCGCCUACUUGGAAAGUUCCAGCCCCGACAACAUCCCUAUCUACGAGAGAUUUGGCUUCAGAUUCUACGAGGACAUCAUGUUAGGUGACAACUCGUCCAAGAAUGCCGUCGAGGGCAAAGACUACGCCAUCAUGAACGUGAUGAUCAGAGGUAGUAAGGGCAAGGAUUGGCAAGAAUCCUUGGAAAAGGGAAAGCUCUGA